CAUUUUGUUGUUGCUUUUAUCGUCCUUCCCUUUAAGAUAGAUGAAACGUUGUUACAUAUCUCAGUGAACAUUGCUUCAUGACAUCUCUAGGCGAAGAGUCAGUUGAUGGAAAUGUAGGCUUUCGGUGAAGAUUACUCGGGUAUUUUCAUAGAAAGACUGCAGGAAGAGAAGAGAGGGAGAGAGCGAGAGGAGUGUUUCAUUGUGACAACCGAAGUCUAGCCUACAGUACGGGAACAGCAGCUCUACAGCCAUGGAUGUAGACGUGGUGAACAUGUUUGUCCUGGCGGGAGGAACUCUAGUCAUCCCUAUCCUGGCCUUCUUUGCCUCAUUCUACAUGUGGCCUGCUGCUAUCAUCCAUGUCUACAACUGGUACUGGCGUCGGCGGCUGGGCCUGCAGGUUGUCUACUCUGAGAACAGAGGCUACCGGUUCUGUUACUCCCACAGAGGGAAGCCUGGUCCGGGCCGACCCACUAUUCUCAUGCUCCACGGGUUUUCUGCUAACAAGGACAUGUGGCUGCCUGUGGCUAAGUUCCUGCCCAAGCACCAGCACCUGCUGUGCAUUGACAUGCCAGGACACGAGGGCACCAGCCGCACCGAUGCCAGGGACUAUUCCAUAGAGGGACAGGUUAAGAGGAUACGACAGUUCGUGGAGAGUGUCCGUCUGACCAAGAGGCCCUUCCAUCUCGUGGGCACCUCCAUGGGAGGAAACGUUGCUGGGGUGUACGCAGCCCGUUACCCCAACGACCUUUGCAGUGUCACCCUCAUCUGUCCGGCAGGUCUUCCUACCGAGAGUCCGUUUGUGGAGCGUCUGAGGGAGUUGGAGAAGGACCAGGAACUGAGUGGGAGCCUGGAUCCCCAGGGCAUCCCUCUGAUCCCCUCUACCCCAGAGGAGAUGGACGAUAUGCUCAAACUCUGCUCUUUCGUACGCUUCAAGAUCCCUCAACAGAUUCUUCAGGGAUUGGUGGAUGUUCGAGUCCCAAACAACGACUUCUACAGAGAGUUGUUCAUGGAGAUCGUAGGAGAGAAGUCCAGACACUCCUUACAUGAGAACAUGCAUCUGAUCACAGUCCCAACACAGGUCAUCUGGGGGAAGCAUGACCAGGUGGUGGAUGUUUCUGGAUCAUCUAUGCUGAAGGAGGCUGUCUCUGGCUGUCAGGUGGACCUGCUGGACAACUGUGGUCACUCUGUGGUGAUGGAGCGCCCUCGCAAGACAGCUCAGCUCAUCAUGGACUUUAUCAAUAACCAACACAACACUGGCUCCAACAACAGCAAGAAACUCUCCUGAGAAUGACGACCUGGAGCUUAGACUUUAUAGUGCCCGUUUCCCGGGCAAAGUUAAACCUAGUCCUAGACAAAGAAGCACUUUCAAUGGGGGUUUGAUCUCCAUUGAACAUGCGUUUCAGUCAGGUACUAGGUUUCAGUCAGGGACGAGGUUUGUCAAGGACUAGGUUCCAGUCAGUGACUAGGUUUCAGUCAGGGUUUCAGGUUUAAUUCGGGAAUAGAUUUCAUUUAGGGUUUCAGGUUUCAGUCAGGGACUAGGUUUCAGUCAGGGACUAGGUUUCAGUCAGGGACUAGGUUUCAGUCAGGGACUAGGUUUCAGUCAGGGUUUCAGGUUUCAGUCAGGGACUAGGUUUCAGUCAGGGUUUGUCAGGGUUUCAGUAAGUUACUAGGUUUUAGGUUUAAUCUGUGUCCAGGAAACUAGCCUACAGUGAGCGUUUAUCUGUAAAAAAAAUCUAAUCUGUAAAUGAUGUAGUAAUAUUUUUCUAUUCUAGUCCUCAGGGAAUGAGCCCAUCAACCAGCUGGCUGCGGUUUCAUGCUUGAAUUUGAUUUUAAGGUGAAGGAAGACUGGGAUACAAUAUUGUGACAUUGUAUUUAUUUAGUGAUUUAAGGACCUUAAUUUCAAAUGUUAUAUUCUUUGUUUAAUUGCCAAUGUGUUACUAAACUAACUUACAUGAUUUUGCCAAAACAUGAUUUUAUUUGUGUUACCUCGGAGUCGGUAGUGUCUGAGACUGAUCCCGCCUGAAAACACAGGAUGUAAAGGAAGACACAAACUCAAAUCAAACUACUUCUAGUUGUUGUUAGAUUGAUUUGUCUCGUUGAAGGUGGUCUACAUGGUCUUACUAUUAUCCACAGACAACAUGUUACACCUUGUACAUUGGGAACAUAUUGAAGGAACAUUUUUGUCAUUGUGUUUUAUGAUCAAAUAAAUGUUAUUAAAAACAAUGGAGCUACAAUGAUGUACAUUUUGUAAUAUUAUUAUUAUUAACCAAGUACUUUUUCUUCAAGCGCUGCUAUACCCUGUUAUAUGUGAUAUAACCUGAUGGUAUCAAUGCAUGACGAUAGAGUAUCGAUGCAAUGAGACACAACAACCAACGCCUGCAUAUUUUCAAGUUUGCUUUGUUUAGUUUUAGCUGAUGCCAUGUCGUUAAGUUACACUGAGACAAAAAAAUUAUUUGUGACACUUGUUAUCCUUGUACAUGUUAGUGAGUUGUCAAUCUACUCAAUGUUUUUGCUUGUUCACGUAAAGCACCAAAUAAAACUCUUUUCUCAUGCUGA